GCUCACUGUCCGUCGUCAACCUGCUCAAUCGAACAUUUACCUUUGAUCAAAGCAAGUCGCCAGUAAAACACCCUCAUCCCAUCAAUUCGCCCACCAUGCCUACAGGAAGUUGCUUCUGCGACGGCGUCAAGAUCGAGUACAGCGGCGAGCCCGCCAUGACCGCUUUGUGCCACUGCGCUGAUUGUCGACACAUCUCCGGCGGCCUGUACAGCCACAACAUCGUCGUGCCCAGCCAGAACUUCAAGGUGACCAAAGGCACCCCGAAGGAGAUUUCCAAGACCGCCGACAGCGGAAAACAGAUUACCAGCUGUUUCUGUCCGGACUGUGGCACGACCCUGUUCAGAUAUGGCGAUACCUUCGGCGGCGUGGACGGCAUGAGAAUCAUCAAGGCGGGUGUCAUCGAUGAUGUGAAUGUCAUCAACAACAGCAAGCCCGGCGCUGAGCUGUUCGCCCCGGAGCGAAUCAAUUGGGUUGCGGGAAUUGAAGGCGCCGGUCAGGUUGAGUCUAUGCCACCACCGUCGUAGGUAAUGGAUACUGGACCUACGUAGAUAUCACACAAUCAUAUGGGCCAAAUAUGCAG